UAUGUUGCCAACCACCUUUCCUCCCUAAAACUCAACGUCACCUCCACGAACUCCAGCUAAAAAUUCCGAGUCAACUCAGCAAAUAACAAGAUUGGAACUCAGAAACCCUAGUUUCGUUAAUUUUUCCGAAAAUAUUAGCUUUCUACUUCGGUGUUCGCCAAAUCAAAGAUGGGUAAGCUAAGCAGGAAGAAGCGCGAUGAUGACACAUCCUCAUCGUCUUCCUCUUCGUCUGGCUCCGACGAUUCUGAUUCUUCUCCUAGAAGGCGGCGGAGACACCGGAAAGAGCGGCAAAGAGGGUAUGAGAGGUCGAGGAGGGAGAGGGAGAGGGAGAGGGAGAGGAAGAGAGAGAAGAGGAAGAAUAGGGGGCGUGAAAAGGAGAGAAGCAGAAGAAAAUUGAGGAGAGAGGAGAAGAGGAAGAGGGAUCAUUCGUCGACUGAUGACGUGUCGAGGUCGGACUCUGAACAAGAGAGCUCUAGGAUGGAUCCCGAAGAAGUUGUUCGCAAUAUAUUAAGUGAGUUUGCUAACGUUGCAAGCGAUUUGAAACAGCUUCUGCAAAUGAUUGAUGAUGGGCAAGCUGUUGACAUACGAGGAAUAUCUGAGAGGUCUUUAAGUAAGCGUUUGAAGAAGUUGUUUGUUUCAUUGAAGUUGAAGGAGAGUGGAGAAGAAGUUUUUCUAAGGCCAGAAAAUGCUUGUCCUGUUUUGGAUGUUGUUGGAUCCAUCAUUCAAUCUCAUAUGGAGUCAAAGGAGCAGCAAGUUGAUCCUUCUGUGUCUAUGGAACAAGCACAUUCAGAAUUACCUGAGGCUGAAAAUAUACAAGUAAACGAUGAUAGUCGCUUGAAGAUGCCAAGUCCAAGGGAUGACUCUUGUGGUCCGAAAAGAAGGGUGAUUGGCCCUGAAAUGCCAUCAGCUGAGUUGCUUGCUGCAGCGGCCAAAUUAACUGAAGCUCAAGCUGAACUUAGAGAAGCUGAGUUGGAGGAAGAUACUGAACUGUUUGUAGGACCACCACCACCUGCAAUGGUUGCUGAAGCUGAAUCAGCAAAUGAGGCGGAGCGUUUUGAAGAGGUCACAAGAAUUAUGGGAGUUGAUGCUGAUUCCCCAUAUGAGGUGCUAGGUGCAAACCACAAUACACUGAUUAAUAACAUAAAGAAAAAGUACUGGAAGCUGUCUCUUUUGGUUCACCCAGACAAAUGUCCCCAUCCUCAAGCGCACCAAGCAUUCAUUAUAUUGAAUAAAGCUUUUAAAGAAAUACAAGAUCCAGAAAAGCGUAAAGUGUUGGACGAGAAAAUUAAACUCAAGGAAGAACAGGAGGCAUUUAAGGCUGAGUUGAAAGCAAUGCGUGAAGCUGCUCAGUGGAGAAGAUUGCAAGGUAUAUCAAUGGAGGGUGAUGAUGAGCUCUUGGCAGAAGUCGAAGUUAAAACAGCACCAAAAAGGGAUGAAUGGAUGACAACACUACCGCCUGAGAGAAAACCUGGCAUGACUAUGCAAUCAACAAAAUUCAGCAAGGGCACUAAAGAAGGUCGGGGUGACACCAGUGUCUGGACUGAUACCCCUUCUGAGAGAGCCCAGAAAGCUAAGAUGAACUAUUUGGAAGCAUAUAAUGCAGCUUCAGAACUUGCUUCAAAUGAACAAGAAAAGAAAAGGUCAAGUGCAGAUGCAGAUUUGGUGGAUAAAUACAAUAAAGAGAAGCGCUCAAAAUCAUUGGUUCAAAAGCAUCAAGAAGAAGCUCUAAGUCAUUCAAAGAAAAAGUCCAAACAGCCGGCACAAAAAGAAGAGUGGGUUGGCCAACAUCCAUGGAAGCCUUGGGAUCGUGAGAAGGACCUCUCUGCAGGGAGGCAAAAUGUAAAACUUGAUUCCGAAAACAUGGCUCAGGGUUUAACUUCCCGGUUCUCCUCAGGAAAUUUCCAAAGGAACUUCCUCUAGGCCAUGGAUGGGUGGCUUGCACAGGAGUCUUUCCUGGAAAUAUACCCCAAAAUAAGUCAUUUAUUCAAAUGAAAUUUGCAGGUUCAUAUCUAUUAUAUAUAACUUCUGUUAUAAUCUCAUUUCUUUUAGCAUUAUAUUUUUGAAAAAUAUCAAGGUAGAUGAUAAGGAAUCUCAAUCUUUACGAUCAGUACUGUUGUAGUUUAUAACCUCUCUAGUUGAUGUGUGCUGUAAAUGGCAAAACAUUACGACUCAAAACUAUUACCUAAAACAUUAUUUCAAUAACAAAAACCCUUGUAUUGUA